ACAGACACACGCUGCUCUGGGAUAACGCUAGCUGCAUAGUCGGAACACUCUGCCUCACAAGAAGGAAUCCCCUGGCCUGUGCCCCCGAAUUUGGCUGAAGUAUGGAUGAAUUACAUCACUGGCUUGAAGUCAGAAUCUCAUCUUCACUGAGACCAAGGACAGAUGAUAUUAAAGCUUUUCUGCUUAAUCAUAAAUACAGGUCUUGCCUGUCUGAGUUCCUAAAAAAUGAAGAUGUUCACACAUUGUAUGUAUAUUUUAAACUUGCUAAGGCUUCACUUGCAGCCUCAUUAUCGCCCCCUGCUGUCCUGCACAACAAGUGCAUUUGUUUUCUACAACUAGGGAAAGCAGUAAAGCUGACUCUGGAAAACAUAGCCCAGAAUGUGCUUUGUGUUGACUGUGCCAGAUUUCCAUUGAAGUACUUUGACGCAGUCCUUCACCAGGUCUACCUGCCCCUUCUCUGCAAUGACAGUGUGACAGCUGGAGAAACAUUCGUUGCUGACAAGCUCAUCGACCUUUUGCACAGGUUUGCUGGAAACUUGGAGGUUUUAGCUGGUCAUGCUGAGGGUUCCAUUGUGCUGCCUAUGCCUUCCCUCGAAUUACUGAAGAAUCCUUCCCUCUUCAGUAAAAAUGGAGCUGCCAUUCACGUCAUGGAAACAACAAUUAUUGGCUGGAUAAAACAAAUCAAGUUUGUGCUGAAGCACGACCCUCUUACAGAAAUUAAAAUCCAUGGUUCAAAAGCUGAUAUACACCAUGAAGAAAAGAUGUGGAAAUUACAUAUACAUAACCUGCACAUUAUCAGCACACAGCUUAGUUCUGCUCAGGCCACAGAGAUUGUGUCAUAUCUAGAAGAGGCAGAAAGCACAUAUGGGUCAUCUGUAGGAGCCGUUGCAAGAGAUGUGAGGAAGGCACUUUCGGAAGCUAAAGAAAAUCUGGCUUUUUUGAAACCCUUGUUAAAAUGCUUCCUUUUACUUAAAUCUACUACUUCAUCUUCAGAAAGAGUGAAAAACCUUCUUCCGAUGUUGCACUGUUUGCUUUUGGUUUGGACACAUUCAAGAUACUAUCAUCAAAGGAAAGUAUUUCUAAAUCUUUUAAAACUAAUGUCAAAUGAAAUGGUCAAGAUAGCAGUAAGUCUGCUUGGAACCAACAUAUUGGACAACUCACAGGCAAACAAUGACCUUAAAGAAGCUUUAAAACUCUGUGGAACUUUUCGGGGAACUUACUUGGACAUCAAGGUUAAGGCUGAUAAAAUCAACAGUGAGAAGAAUGAGGAAAAUGCCCGGCUAAUAGCCAAACAAUCAGUAGAUAACAUCUGGAAUGUGAGAACCUACAGGCAAUUGGCACCAAAAAUUUUGGGCAAAGACUGGGCUUCCACUAAAGACAAAAUGCAGGGAGAAGACGACCAAGAAUUGUGGGUUGAUUCACCAUGGCCUCCUCACAAUGCCAACUGCUUUUAUAACAUGAACUUGUUUAUGGAAAGGUGCAAUGAUGUCCUUGAUCUGGUGGAUACCAUGAAGCAUUUUCAGAUUCUAAAGUCAGUGGUGGCUGUAGGAGGUGCUGGGACUUCCAGUUUGGAUGCUAUGGUUCAAGAUAUAUGGGAGUCAUACAAAAAAGCUGAGGAGACUUUAGUUCACCAAAUAACAGAUAUUUUUACCACGGACAAAAAUAGUCCUUUUGAGAAAGAUUUUUUUGACUUUAGAACUACAAUAAAGGACCUAGAGCACCAACUUGGCGGGAUUCUCAGGAGCAGUUUUGAUCAAUGCCCUAACAUUGCAUCACAGCUCAGACUGCUGGAGGUGUUUAAAGGCAUCAGUAGAAGAGAGAUUAUAAGGGAUCAUCUCACAGAAAAGGAUCAGAAACUGGUUUCUUUGUUUAUAGAAGAACUGACUGAGGUGCAGACCAUGUACAGUGCAACAGCAGACAGUCCUCCUUUGCACAUUAAUAUGACACCCACUGUCAGUAAGCUUCUGUGGAUACGAGGACUGAAAUCUAGGAUCUCUGACCCCAUGGGGAAACUGAAAGCCGUUUCAUCACUCACGCUGGAAGGGGACAUGGGCUGGAAAUUAAGGCAUUUGUAUACAGACAUAGCACAAGAAUUCGAAAGGUAUGAAGAAAGUGUAAUGACAUCCUGGCAGACGGCUGCAAGUAAACAACUAAGCAACUCCGUGAAACUUCCCUUACUUAGAGCUGCUGGAUUAGAACAUGACCAUGAAGAGUUUUUUUGUAAAAUUGAACUGAACCAUAACGCUGAACUUCUUGUCUGUCUUCGGGAAGCUGAGUAUCUCUUGAAACCACCUUUUAUGAUAAAGCUCCCUGAAUCAACUGAAAGUCUUGUGAAAAACCUACAUCUACACAAGUUCACUGAGUUAUCAGCUCGCUUGGAAACAGUUGCAUCAAAAUAUAAUGAAGUCAUGAAAACCAUAACCUACCACCAGAGGUCACUCUUUGAAAAGAAACUGUUAAAGAGCCAGGAGAUUCUGAAAGAAGGAAUGGAUUUUUUUACCUGGGGUAUGGAUGAAAGUGAGGAUUAUACUGAGCUCCUAACAUCCUGUGUGUGCACAGAUCUUCACACCAAUUUCAGCAUAGUUACCAACAAUUACAAGGCGAUUACCCAGCUCACAGCAACGUGGUGCACAGCAAAUCUUGACAUCUUCACCUGUCGAGAUAAAAGCAGGAGUUAUUCCAUUACAGAAUUAAUAAUGAUGCAGACAAAACUUGAACAGGAAUUUGCAAACAUCCUGAUUCCUGAUGGACAGAAAAUUCACAGCCUUGUUCAUCAGUCCCUUGUUGCCAGUGGGAUUAGUGAGGCUUCGCCAGCUUGGCAAGACUAUAUAAUGCACAUUGAUUCUAUGGUGUUACAAGGUUUGAAGAAAGUUACCAUCACUAGCCUGGCCUCAAUGCUUAAUACCCUGCUAGAAACUGAGCAGAUUCCUAUUCUGUGUGUGGGAGUUCAGUUAGUUAACAGUGAAGUUUCGUUUACUCCACCACUGGACAGCAGUACAUCAGAAUGGAGUGUAAUAGAGAAUAUUGAGGAAUGGCUUAAAAUAUUUCUCUUAAGAGGAUCUCAUGUGAAAGAACUUUCCUCUGCUGUCAAGGGGGGCUACCAACAGUACUUGUCAGAAGAUGAAGAAGCUUUGCAAUUGAUUGGUCAUAUAUUGCAGCAGGUGGAGCAAUGUCUUAAGGAAUGUCAGGAAGUACUGAUGGAUUUUAACCAGUAUACUCAUUUGUGGAAGAAAGAUGUCAAUGCCGAAUUCCAAAAUUUCCUUAGUGGCAGACAAGCGGAUAUGUCUGUAAUGGGGGAAAGAGCUGCAAGUGGUGCAAACAAAAGUAGUGUGGCCGAAGCUGAGCGGAUCUUCAUUUUGCCAAGGGAUUUUUCAGGCCAAGCGCACACUGGGCCACUGCUGCAGGAUUUUGAUUCAGAGAUAGCUGCAUAUGAGGCUGCAAGGGAUAGCAUUCAAGGAAUUCCUGAUGUUCAGAACUGUCAGUGGAUUCAAGUGGACCUCCGGCCUAUCAAACAGGUUCUUACUGCAUAUACCCUCAAAUGGAUGUGGACUUUCACAAAGUACCUUGUAGACCAGACGUCCAGUACUUUAAGGAGCUUGGAUUCUUUCUUAAAAAGCACAGAACCACAGAUUGAAAGUAUAACAGGAGAAGAACGGGACACAGGAUCCUUCAUGAAGAUGAUGCGUCUUUUUAAUAAGGUUUCUGCAAAGCAAGUAGAAAUGGACGUUCAGUUUGCUGUACUGCAGAGAACAGUAACACUGUUGGCAAAACAUGGCACUCAGCUUCCACCAGAAAGUGAUGUCCUUUUCAGAACAAUGCCAGCACGGUGGAACAGCAUGAAGACAAAAGUGUCACUUGCCAAACAGCGCCUGGGUCCCAGAAUACAGCAAGAAGCCGACAGGGUGACAAGGGAUCUUGAAAGAUUUCAACAUAAACUUGAUGCAUUUGGCACUGACAUUGAAACCUCAGAUAUAUACACAUGUAAAUGUACAUCACAGGAAGCCUUUGCAAUAAUACAGAAUUUCAACACGCGAGUAAAAAUGCUACAAAAUGAAGCCAAAGACUUAAAAGAGCUGCAAGAGCUUCUGGAAAGCACUGUGAUAGACUUCUCCAUUUUAACCAAUUGUGAAGAUUUAUUAAGAAACCUCCAACUCGUGUGGCUGAAUGUGGAUUUAAUCCUAAAAGAACAAGCCAUGUGGAAAAGCAAGCUGUGGCAGAACAUGGAGACUGAAGAGUUGUACAAAAAAAAUGCCCAGCAGCUGAAACUGCUGCAGUCUCUGCCCAGAGAAGUCCAGGAAUGGGAUAUCUACAAACACACACUGGAGGGCGUCAAUUCUAUACAUAUGACAUUGCCAUUGAUAGAAGACCUUAGUAAUCCUGCAAUGAGAACAAGACAUUGGAAACAACUGGUUCGGCAAACUGGAGGGAUGCUCCGUGUGACAGCAGAAAGCCUACAGGAAGUGACACUUGGGGAUCUCUUAGCCAUGGACUUACAAAAACACACUGGUGAUGUGAAAACAAUAGUGCAGCGAGCCAUUCAAGACGUGACUAUAGAGAGCUCUUUGAAGAAUUGCGAAGAAGUCUGGUUGAGCAGAAUCUUUGACCUUCGGCCUCAUAGCAGAGUAAUAACAGCCAGGGCACACAAUGAGGAAAUUGCAAGUUCUGUGUCUGGCAGUCACUACACUAAAGGAGAUGGCAGGAAUAUUAUAACCGGGAGAGGCAGUAGAAGAAUGAGCAGACAGUCGGAUAAGGCCUUUUACAUGUCAAGAAAAGGAGACAGAGGAAGCACAAUGUCUCUAUUUGAGUCUCUAAAAAAUAUUGAGGAACAUGGCACAGUCAUGCUCCUGAGAAACACAGAUGCUAUAUUUGAGGAACUUGAACACCAUCAAUUGCUUCUGACCACCAUGUGGCCUUACGCAGAAGCUGGGUCUUUUUUGGAUGAGCUGCAUAAAUGGCACAGAAAACUCCAGAUUAUAGAAUCAACUGUUCAGCUGUGGCUCUCAGUGCAGGACAAAUGGACUCAGCUUGAAGAGGUGUUUUCCACCCUGCCAUAUCGUGUUGCCAUGCCAAGAGAAGCUGUGCUUUUCGCUGAUGUCCACCACCAUUUUUGUUGCCUUAUGAAAUCUGUGGAGGACAACCCAAACAUACUGCAGACUUGUAUGAGAGGAGGGUUGCAGUCUCUUCUUGACAUGUUGAACUACAAGCUAGAACGGUGCCAGCGAGCAGUUCGACUUCACUUAGAGCAGAAAAGAAUGGCUUUCCCACGGCUCUUUUUCUUGUCUGUUGAGGAUACUCUAAAUAUUGUGUGCUAUGGUUAUGACCUUAAUGUAUUGAGCAGCUACAUAAUGAAGGUAUUUCCCCACAUACUCAAUCUAAUUGUCCAUACAAGUGAGCCUGCUUCCGAAAAUUUCUGUCCCAGAAUCAUUGGACUAAGAAGUUAUUUGAUGGAAGAAUUGUACCUUACUGAGCCACUUGAAUGCAGAGGCCCUGUGGAGAGUUGGCUAUCGCAACUUGUAGACAGCAUAAAAGUUUCACUUCAAAAUAAACUAAGGGAAGCUUUGGAGCACACAAAAAAUGUUCAGUGGAGCAGAAAAGAGAUACACAGUGCAGGAGCUCGACGGGUGGUGAUAAACAAAGAACCUGAAACAGAUGAGAAAAGUGCAAGUCCAUCGUUUCCAGAUGAUGUUGAAGGUUCUAGUAAUAGUCCAACAUCCAGGCACUGUUCUGUCUGCACUCUAAGUGAUGUGGCCUUUCUCAGCACUCAGAUUAAAUUCACCAAGGCACUGAGGGAAACUAUUGGAAGUAGCAGUGAAUACAGCAAAGAGAAACUACAGCAGUGCCUUAAGGAUCUGACAGAAGGAAUUGAAUACGCUGCCAAGACAUUAAAUGAAAUUCCCCAGAAAGGCAUUCGGCAGCAGUCUAAAAGAACCUCAAAGGCAGAGAGGGAAGGAAAUGGCCAAGUCCACUUAGAUGAACAACAAAGAUCAGAAUUAAUGAAUGACAAUGGUGGUGAUUCCAGUGAAAAACAAGAAGAAAGUCAACAAAUAACUAAUACUUCUUUGUCAGCAUGUGAUUCAGUAAAACUUGCUAAUCAUAUACUUCUUCUUUUAUAUCAGCGUGAUGUUGUACAGCAGUACUUUAAUGUAGCAGCACCAAGUCUGAAAUUGAGUCAUCAUCUAGAAUAUGAGUAUAAUGACAAUGGGGCAAUUAGUAUUAGGAUUGGUGAUUCAGAGAUCCUUUACGGCUACGAAUACCAAGGACCACGCAAACACAUGCUCAUUACACCACUGACAGAAAGGAUCUUUUAUAGUCUAAUCACUGCAGUUUCUUCUGGGACUGAAGCAAUGUGUGCUGGUCCCCAGGGACACGGCAAAAGAUCUACUGUGCAAGAGCUCUGUAUGGCCCUUGGAAAGCCUCUUUUUCAAUUUAAUUGCACAGAGAGGACAGAUUACAGCAUCCUGCAAGAUAUCUCCAAAGGACUGGCUGCUGCAGGAGCUUGGAUUAGCAUCAGUGGACUUGAACAAUUGUCACAAUCCAGUCUCAUGUUGCUUGCACAGCUUUUGGAACAAAUCCAAUCAGCAAGGCAUUGUGGGAAAGAAGCAGUCACUUUACAGCUGGAUGAAGUCCCUUUAAACUCAGCAGGAGCUUGCAUUGCAAUUAUUAAUAGGCCAUAUUCCACUGUAAAUUGGAAUGACUUUCCCCAGCAAAGUAAUCUGCCACACGCCCUUCUAAAUUGCUUUCGAACUGUCGGAAUUUGUGAGGCACCAGUCAUUACCAUUCUGGAAGCUCAGCUUAUCUUGAAAGGUUUUUCAAAUGUUGGAUUUCUGGCACAGAAGCUUAAUGCCCUUCUCGAAUCAUUUUCAAAGAUGUGCCAACCAUCCACGUUAGGAGCUUUUUCAACAGGAGUAGGAAAACAUCCAUACUUAUCUGCCCGUGGAAUCAACAAUUUGCUUGCUGAAGCUGGUGAAUGCCUUAAGUGUCUCCAAACAGCCCAGGAGGAAAGUAAAGCACAAGAACUUAAAUAUACAGAGGAGGACUGUCAACUGGGCAUUGAGGAAAAGGCAAUAAUAUUGGCUAUCUAUCACAAUUGGCUUCCACAGAUAUCUCAAGAUAUGAAAUAUAUUUUAAAGUCCAUGGUUUCUCUUGAAUGGCCAAGUGCUUUAAUUUUUUUCAAUACCUUAAAUAAUGAUAAUAAAAUGGAUGGUCUGCUGUCUGCAGUCAUUGAUGCAAAAUAUGCUCUCGGACAGCAGGUUCCCUCAUCUGAAUGUGCAGGAGAAACCUUGGUCCCAAGUGCAAUAAUAAAAGCAGUAGAACAAUGUCAUAUUUUUCCCAGUAAUGCAUUUGUAUCCAAAGUAUCCCAUCUGGUUCAGCUGGCGUCAAAGUUCCAAACAAUGGUGGUUACAGGCCCUCCAGGAUGUGGAAAGACUCAGUGCAUAAAAACCUGCUUGGAAACUCUCAAAGUAGAGGGAAAGAAGGUCACCACAACCACUGUUUUCAUCAAUGCUCUCCAGCCUGGCCAUCUCAUGGGGUUCAUGAAUGAUGAGUGGAUUGAUGGACUGCUGCCAAAAUUACUACGAUUGCUUAACCAACACUGUACAUCAGCUGACGUCAACAAAGUGGAAGCCCUGCACCUGGAUGGAGAGGUUGAUCAUCACCAAAUGGAGUUCAUGCAGAGUAUACUUUGUGGGGCAGAUGUUUUUGUUGCUGAAAAUAAUGAGCGCAUUAGGAUUCCAGAUUCAUUAAAGUUGUUUUUGGAGCUUGAAUCUUUAGCCAACCUGAGCCCUUCAGUUUUGAAUUGCACGGGCAUACUGGCCAUGACAAGAUGUGAUGUGAAUUGCAAACUGCCUCUCUAUGUGUGGAUUAAAAGCCUUGCCGAUGAGCAUCAGCAGCUGCUUCAUGAGCUUACUGAGACAUUCCUAGAGCCAAGCUUGCAGUUUCUUAGAGAAAAUCAGAAAGCCCUCGCUGACAGAGAUCAAAAGAAUGGGACACCAAGAACACUAUUUCUUUCUGAAGCAAAUGUGGUUCAAACAUUCUGCAGAAUCUCAAAGGCUUUGAUGCAGCAGAUACCAGAGAUGACACACGAUGAUAUAAAGAAGUAUUUCAUGUUUGCUUGCAUAUGGUCCUUGGGAUCAUGGCUGAACUCAGAUGAAAAACGAAAAUUCAGCAACUGGUGGAGACGAACAUUUAGACACCACAGUACCUUUCCUCUUGAAGGACAAGUAUGGGACUAUCAUGUUGACACGGAUACGAGGCAGUUUGUCAGAUGGCAUGACACACUUUCUUCUUACUGUGUUAGUCAGGGACAAGGCAUGGCCUCCGAGGCAUUCGUUCAUACACUGCAGACUGAGCAACUCUUAUACCUAUCAAGUCUUCUUACUACUUCUGGAUGCCCAGUUAUGUUGGCAGGAAAUUCUGGCUGUGGUAAAACAGCAAUUGUUCGGGAGCUCCUGAAUUCUCUUUGUUCUGGGGAAGUAGCAGAAAUGUUAGCACUAAGAAUCCCUAUCAACACUUCUACAGAUCCUAGAAAACUGUGGGGAUGUUUAAAAGAGCGAUUGGAAUGGCAACAUGGCACAUUGCAUACACCAUCAGGAAACAAGAAAUUGUUAUGCUUGCUUGACGACCUCAACCUUGCUAAGGUGGAUGAAUUUGGGAGACAACCAGCAUGUGAAUUCAUUCGCCAACUGCUUGAUCAUGAACAAAUAUUUGAUCCAUCGUCAUUAAAAUUAAAAACUAUGAAAGAUAUAUAUUACCUGGCCACAUGGAACCUUACAGCUUCUGAAAGAUCCUAUGCUCAACGUCUAUUAAGACAUUUCUGUAUUUUUUAUUGCAAGUACCCGAGUAAAAGUGAUCAGCAUGGAAUAUUCAGCUCCUUACUGAGUGCUCAUUUUAUGCAGCCAGCCACGGAAUUCAAGGCUGGCACAAAAUGUAAUACUACUGCUCACCAAUUCCAAGGACUGAUUUCAUCGAUUACUGCCAUUACCAUAGAGCUGCAAGAAAGACUGAGGACUGUGUUCUUGAGAACAUCCCAACGCUGUCACUAUAUAUUCACACUUCGGGACCUUACAAAAAUAUUCAGAAAUAUCUGUCUUUCCCUGGAUGGAAGCACCACGACUGAGAAGAUUCUACACUUAUGGAGGCAUGAAUGUGACUGGGUUUAUGGGCAAAGGAUGUCAAGCUCCGUGGAUUAUAACCGAUAUCAAAGUGAAUAUGCAAUAUCGGUGAAAAAAGUAUUUACAAGUGAAGAAGAGCUGCAGAUCAUACUGAGCCCUGACCAGCCUUUGUUUAGCAACAUUAUAGAAGAUGACGGUGGGUUAAUAACCACUGUAGCUAAGCAGCAGGACUCAAAUUUGUUCAGGAGGAGUGAAAAGACAAGCAGCACAAUUCACACCCUAGACGGCUACCAGCAAACAUUUAAUUUAAUCCACACAAAGCAGUUAUUAGCGGAGGCGCUGAGAGAAUACAACAAAGCCAAUCCGAGAAUGAGCAUCACUUUUUAUAAGAGUACAGUUAAUUUAUUAUGUCGCUUGACACGCAACAUUGGAAGUACUCACGAAAGCUCACAUACAAUGCUUUGUGGAGAAGGUUGUCCCAGAACAACUGCUUCACUAGCCCGGCUAGCUGCACAUCUCUCUGGUUUCUCUGUGGUCCAGAUUGGGUCGUAUAACAAAGUGGAAACAGAAGAACAACAAUCUAAGCAAUUUAGAUCCCAGCUAGUAGACUGUUAUGUAAAAGCUGGUCUGAAGGGCCAGAAAAUAAUGAUUUUGCUGGCAGAGGAACAGAUAGAUAAUACAGCACUGGUACAGAUAACAGAAUUCAUUGUUUUUGGAUCAGUCUCCCACCUAUUUACAUCAGAACAACAAGCAACCAUUGCAAAUGCUAUGAGAAAUGAGGUAACGAAUGCUGGUCUAACAUACUCUAAGGAAAGGUCAUGGAGUCUUUUCCUACAGGCAGUGCAGCAGAAUAUACGCUGGUUCCUUAUAUACAGCAGAACAGAAUCAACAUUUUAUAAGUGGUGUCUGAAAUUCUCUUCUCUCAUGAAUUCAAUAAAUGUUUACUUCAUUCCUCACUGGUCACGUGAAGCCCUAGUAGAACAUGCAAGCUAUCAUAUUCAGGAUUUGGACAUAUGGACUGCUCAAGAAAAAGAAAAUGUCUGCCAUCUCUUAUCAUCCAUGCAUCUUUCUGUCUUCAAACAUAAUAAGAUGGCACACUUUAAGUAUGGCAAUAUCACCAAUGCAACAUUUGAAAAAUUUGCUCAGUGUUUCAGAGCCAUGGUGAAAACUCAACAUUCUAUGAUAAUGACUCAACAUCAAGAGGCAAAGAAAGUCCUUGGUCAAGUGGUAGAAAAACUAAAAUCCCAUGAGAAGCUUACACAUGAUCUUAAGAAUCAGAAACUUGUUCUUGAGGAACAUAACCAAGGGACAUUGAAGAUCCUGUAUCAGAUUGCACAGGAUAAAGCUGUUGUAGAACAGAAGAUCCUGAGUGUCCACCAACAGUUACAGAAGAUUCAGAGAUUUCAACGACUUCUUCCUGAGUAUCAAGUAGCACUUGAGAAAGCUCAAUAUAAAUGCAAUGCUCUUUUAGAAUACAUUAAAGAACUUGUGAAUAACAUGAAUAUUAGGGAGCUGGGAGAAUUGCGUGCUAUGCAGAAACCUGAUGUGGAUAUAGAGGAAUUAAUGGCUUCAAUCAUUAUAAUACUAAAAUCACCAAACACUGACCUGACUUGGGCAAAGGGAGCAAAGAGGCAGAUGGCUAACAUUGAUAGAUUUCUGAAUGAACUUCUAACCUUCAGCUCCAUAAAGUUGCCACAGUCAACCUUGGAACUACUGGAGAACAACAUAAAGAAAGCACAGUUUACACCAGAAAACAUGGAGAGAAAAACUGGUGGCAAUUUGGCAGUCGGGACGCUUAUGAGAUGGCUUCAAGCUGCAGUACACUAUUACAGGAUCUUAACAUCUAAGGUGAAACCUUUACAGAGCAAAGUGGAAGAAAUGACUUUGGCUUUAGAAGAAGCAGAACUGAAAAUGACCAGUUUACAACAGAGAAAAAAUGCCCUUAUUUCUAGAUUAAAUGACCUGGAGAAAGGGUUUGAAGAAGCCACUGUGCAUAAAAACCUGCAGCAACAAAAGACAACUGAAAUUUCAAAGAGCCUUGAGCAGGCAGAUAAUAUAUCACAGCUUCUUGGAGAGGAGAACAGAAAACAUGCUGCUAUUGUAAAUUCCCUUCUGGAGAGGUUACAUGGAAUCCCAGGAAGCACUGCAAUGGCAGCAGGGCUGGCAUCAUAUCUGGGUACUUAUGAACAUGACUUCAGACAAUUCAUACUGACAGUUGAGUGGCCUGUGGCACUGAAAGAAAGAGGCUUUCCACUAAUGAUAGAUUCAGUUGAUCCUGUUAAAGGACACGUCAUUGAAUUUUCUGUAAUAUUCACCUGCGAAUCUCCUAGGGAAAGUCAGAAAUUAGAACAAAGAGAAAAAACUGAUGACCCUGAAAGUGAUAAGGAAAAAGGGGGCUGGCAAAAUGCUGAAGGAAUUGGUCCAGACAUACUCUCUCCCCAAAGGCAAUUUUUGCCUAUAAUUACAGAGGAACUCUAUGGAGAUUUCAUCAAGGCUCUGCUCUUGAGAAUGGUCAAAAGAACUCAGAUCCAGCAAUGGGUUGCUGAAGACUUUACUCCUCAGCAGAUGGAGAACUCAGCCAUUCUAUCUUUCGCUUGGCAAUGUCCAGUAUUGCUCAUAGACCCCUGUUUCAAAGGAGAGAAAAGGAUUAAAGGAUGUCUGGAGUCAUCUUUGGGAAAGUCAUUGUCAUCUAUAGAUCUCCAGCUAAGACAGAACAACAGUCUUUUGUCACCUAUUGAAAAGACCCUGUUGUCUGGUUGCCCCCUAAUGCUCCAAAACUAUUCUAGAAAAUGGGAUGACUUGCUAAUGCCGCUUCUUGAUCACUGUAGUGCAAAUACUGACAAUAGCAGUAAUGAAGAUACUUCCUCCAUCAUUUCUUUCAAUGGGCACAGACUGCUAUGCUCAGAUCAGUUCAAACUAUAUUUGGAGGCCUCCGAACUGGAGCCUAAUUUCAAUAUUGAAAUACAUGCAGGGACAACCAUUAUUAAUUACAGUUACUGUGAAGGAAGUUUACUGGAUCUGCUACUUAGAAGAGCCUUUGCUAAACUCUGGCCUGAUCUUCACAGCCAAUUAAUGAAAUUAUCAGCUGAUAUUAUGGAACACCAAAAGACCUUGCAUCAACUUGAAGAGAGAACUAGAGACUGUUUAUUAUCUCCUGACAUGAGUACUGUAGAUGAUACAAUCCACAUAGCUACUGUCUUUAAUGAGAAGAAGAAAGUGUUUGAAAUACUCGAAAGCACCAAAUCAAAUUAUAAUAGGCUGUUGCAAGCUAGGGAUAGUUUGUAUCCGCUGGCCCAUCGGGGAACUGUCUUCUAUUUCAUCUUGAAGUCUCUGCGCUCCCUUGCAGCUGAAUAUUAUUUUACCUUAGAGUCCUUUCUCAGGCUCUUUGAUGCAGUUAUUGGACCACAAGCUGACGCACAAGCCCUCAUUAAGGUGCAGAGUGGAGACUUAACCAAGUCAGCAGCUUUGUCUCCAAGUAAUCAAGAGACUGAUUGCCAGUCCACUGGCACAGAAGAUAUUCUGCCAGCUCCCCAAGGACCAGAUCUUAGCAGCAUUGUGGAGUCAUGCUACCCCAGUCUGUCUUCCAAUCAGAUUAGAAAGUUGAUGGAUCAAUUAACCAGGGCGGUUUACCAUAGGAUAAUUCAGUGCCUACUUCCGGAGCACAGUGUCCAAGCUGGAGCCCUAUUGCUCUUAUGUGCACAGCAACUAGAUAAUGAAGAUGCUUUCACUGAGGAGGAACUGGCCUUUUUUGCUCAUGGUGGUGAUUUAUUUGAAUCGAAGAACAUUGACUCUAAUUGUGUCCCGCCAUCAUGGAUGCCCCAGGACAGAUGGAAUGACUUAAUGGCUUUAUCACUUGUCAGUGGUCCAUUAAGAAUGUUUUCAAAACAGGUUGCUGAACACUCGCUCGAAUGGGAAAAGUGGUACAACACAGACUGCACAGAUACUAAUAACAGAGAUUUUUGCAUUUCUGUCACCAAAAAAGGCUUUGAUGAAGCUGCAGAUAAAGACAAGAUUCUACUGCUUCCUUACUGCGGGGAAGAAACAUCUCAAAUGACAGACUUUCAUCGUUUGCUACUGCUACGGGCUAUGCGACCAGACAAGUUUCCUGCUGCUUUAUCUUACUAUGUUAGCAGUUUGGCCAGUGAUGACUUUAUUCAUGGAGUUGAUAAUAUUGCAAAACUGGAAGAAGAUCUAAUUGGUGUUUUAGUCAUCAUGCCUCCUAAGAAUAACAACAGUUCAUCUUUUGGGGGCACUGUACUCAACCAUGAAGCAAAAAUAUCUAUCUGCAAUGCUGCCAAGGAAAAAGGCAUCCCCUUGUUUGUAGAGAGUAUGAAAGAGGGCAAGGACGAAGAGGUGAAAGAAGCUAUAAAUGAGGCAAUGAAUCAAAAUGGUUGGCUAAUCAUUGAAAAUCUUCAGGUAGCCUCCAAAAAUAUGCUUAAAAACCUGUGUAAGAGCUUGACAUAUGCAACAAAGAUGCAAGCUUCACAGAAUGGAGAAAGGCAGUUUUGUGUCUGGCUAACAUCAGAGCCUGGCGCAGCUAUACCAAAAAAGUUUCUGGCUUGUCUUAAAACAGUGUCUUGGCACAUCUUAAUUAUGAAUCAAAAAAGCAGAAAAACAUUGCUGAAGGAUGUCACGUAUAUUGACUCUCUCUCUGGGCUGUUGUAUUCAGCAAUUCUUUCUGCGGUGGACCAAAUAAAGGAGGAGACCAGUGUAAAGCUAAAGGAGAGUCCCAUUGCAGUUCGAAAUAUUUGUUAUGGGAUCUGUGUAUUACAUGGCAUUCUGCAAACUCAGAAGAUAUUUCCCAUGACAGGCAUGAAUCACAUAAUGGAUUUGGGGCCUUUACAACUAAAUCAGGCUAUUGAUACAGCCUUGUCUGCCUUUCAAAAAGACAAUGAAAAUGAAGGCUUUGCUGCUGCUGUGGAGGAAGGAGUGAGCAGUGUGUAUGGAAGUCUGUUUUGGACUUCUGAAGAUGUGACUUAUGUUCAAACUCUUGUGCAAGAAGUCAUUGUUGCCAGUCAGGAGCAACAGGACUCUCUUGUUUUGAGCCACCUAACAAUUUCUUUCCCCCCUGCUAAUGUGGAACCAUCCCAAUAUUCCAACUGGCUGAUUUCCCAGAUGCACCAGAACUACUCAGUUAAUGAGCUCCUUUUGCUAAGGGACACAGAAAAAGCUGCAAGCAAGACAUAUGUAACAGAGUUCAUGCAUUCGUUGGCUUCGCUGUAUGAUGCUUUUAAAGGCGUUUUGCCACUAUCUAUUCCUGGAAAUGAAUAUUCUGCUAAACAACUGACUGUUCUGCGUGCCUUGAUAGAAACUGUGUCAGAACAACUUCCACCAUUAAUACGGAUUAUUGAAAGUGAAUCAUUUAUGAACAAGUUUGAAACUCAAGGAGAGCUAUAUAUGAUGAGCCAAAUUAUUUUACAGGAGUGCAAUCAUAUGAAUUCCUACAUAGAAUAUAUCAAAGCAGCAAUAUCUGAGUUAUUAAAAUGUCUGUUGUCUGGUUUGUCUGAUGCACCAAAUCACCUCAAAGAAGCAGCAGAUGCUUUGCUAAAAAAUGUUGUACCAAGAAUGUGGCUUUAUCUGCAUUAUAGCCACGCAGAUUGUCUAAAUAUUAGCAGCUGGUUGCAAGAUCUGGACAAGAAAUAUAAACAGCUAAGCCAAUGGGUGAAGAAAGGCUUAAUGUCUUUUGUCAAUGAUGAAAAGGGGGCUCUGACCUCCAUGAACCUGGGAGGGAUGUUUAACCCAGAGGCCUUGUUUCUGGCACUAAGAACAGAGUUUGCACUCCAUCAUGGAUAUUCAUUACAUAAGGUGCUUCUCCAGUGUCACAUAAGUGAAUAUCCUGUCUAUAAGGCUGACAUGGAAAGAUAUCAGCUGUACGUUGAGAAGAUCAUUUUACAUGGAGCAGGAUGGGAUUUUAAAAAUAACUGCAUAAAGGAGUCAAGUAAUUUAGAAACUCAUCUGCCAUUUGUUAUCAUAUCUCCUACACUCAUUGAAAACAUAAAGUCAGAACAAGAAGGUUUUGAAACAUACGAAUGCCCUGUCUACAUGGAUAAAACAAUGAAGAACUGCGUGACAAAAUUCCCAAUUCUGUGCCCAAGACCCAUAAGACAAUGGAAGCUUAGAAGGGUGGCUAUUAUUCUAAAUGCAGAACUGGAUACCACAUCAUCACAUUUGCCUUCUUCAAAAGGAAUAGAGAUGCAAACUCAAUUUUCAAUCAGGAACAGACUGACAAAAAUGGAUAAAUCAUCACACUUAAAGAUUUUCAACAGAACAAGUGAAAGGGAAGCGUCUCUAGCCACUGAGCCACAAAUUCUGAAGGAAUCCACAAGCAGCGAUUUUCAAAAAUUUACACCACCAUUAAGAAAAGAAAAUGAACUAUUAGAUGAAGCUGAUGAGAAGAUAGAACCUCUUCAAAAUUCUCAACCUCAAUUGAUGGACAAGGCUGGAAAUACAGAUUCAUCUUUAAUGUUUAUUAACCAGACAGCACUAAAUGAUGAAAGUAGUGACAGUUUUGGAAGAGAUAUAGUUAAUUCACUACAAAAAGCAUCUGCAUCUGAGAGUGAGGAUAUCAGGGACCUGACAAAGAUGAUGAUAACAGAAAAAGAGUUCACUGAGUCUGAAGCAGCAAAAAAAAUGUCAGAAGAGCUUGUUAUUAGAGAAAGUUCAAUCAUGCAUACAAGCAGUCGUGAUUAUGACUCUGUUCUUAAUGAGGCUGGUCAUGGACAUAACAAUAGUGAUUUUGAUGAGACAGAAAGUAAAAUUUAUCAAUUUGAUUUUACUGAAGACAGAAAAGAAAUCUUUGAGGAGAAUAUGCAUGCCUAAAAUAAUUGUGGGGAAGGUGAAAAUCAAGACAGCUGCAAUUAUUGAUAGAAAAAUCAGAAUAAUAAUGAACAAGACUUUGAUUACUAUAAUAAUGGCAAAGAUGUUAAUGACAAAGAAGCUCACACUAAAGAGAACUAUAACACUGCAGACAGCCAAGAAUGCAUACUGACAGUUAGACUUGGAAAGGGCAUGUCAACAGGUUUCUAAGUGAAGGAGUCAGGAAAAGGAGUUACAGUGUUUGAGUUCUAGCUUGCCAAUCAACUGACAGUGUGAUGACUGUAACAAUGCUUAGUGUUGUAAUGAUUUUUAAGUUUGCUUUAUUUUGUGCAAAAGAUACUCAUUCAAAAAUAUCACAAUAAUAAGAACAAUUGCCAUCAAAUAAAGGCGACAUUUUACAAUGUAUUCUUUAAAUAUAAGAAUAUAUAUAUAUAUUCUCAUCUUGCUGAA